AUGGUUCAAUCGUCAGUAUUAGGUUUCCCCCGUAUUGGAGGACAAAGAGAGUUGAAGAAGGUCACUGAGGCCUACUGGGGUGGAAAGGUUUCUGUGGAUGACUUGUUGGCUAAGGGUAAGGAAUUGAGAGCUCACAACUGGAAAUUGCAAAAGGACGCUGGUGUCGAUGUGAUUCCAUCUAACGAUUUCUCGUUCUACGAUCAAGUUUUGGACUUGUCCUUGUUGUUCAAUGCCAUCCCAGAAAGAUACACCAAGUUCAACUUGAGCCCAAUUGAUGUUUUCUUCGCCAUGGGUAGAGGUUUGCAAAGAAAGGCCACCGAAUCCACUGCUGCUGUUGAUGUUACCGCAUUGGAGAUGGUUAAAUGGUUCGAUUCUAACUACCAUUACGUCAGACCAACCUUCUCUCACUCCACUGACUUCAAGUUGAACACUUCUGCUGGUGUCAAGCCAGUCGAUGAGUACUUGGAGGCUAAGGCUUUGGGAAUUGAGACUAGACCAGUGAUCCUCGGUCCAGUUUCUUACCUUUACUUGGGUAAGGCUGACAAGGACUCUUUGGACUUGGAACCAAUCUCGUUGUUGGAAAAGGUAUUGCCAGUUUACAAGGAAUUGUUGGCUAAGUUGAAGGAAGCUGGUGCCAAUGAGGUUCAAAUCGAUGAACCUGUCUUGGUGUUGGACUUGCCAGAAGCCGUCAAGUCAAAGUUCCAAACUGCUUACGACGCCCUUGUUGGUGACAACCUCCCACAACUCAUCUUGACCACCUACUUUGGUGAUGUUAGACCAAACUUGGAUGCCAUCAAGUCUUUGCCAGUUGCUGGAUUCCACUUUGACUUUGUCAGAGUUCCAGAACAAGCCGAUGAGGUUGCUUCCAUCUUGAACGGUAAGCAAACUUUGUCUGUUGGUAUCGUUGAUGGUAGAAACAUUUGGAAGACCGACUUUGCUAAGGCUACCGCUUUUGUUAAUAAGGUUGCCGACAAGGUUGGUAAGGACAAGGUUAUUGUCUCUACCUCUUCUUCUUUGUUGCACACUCCUGUCGACCUCGACAACGAGAAAAAAUUGGACCCUGUCAUCAAGGACUGGUUCUCUUUUGCUACCCAAAAAGUGCAAGAAGUUGUCACCAUCGCCAAGAAUGUUAGCGGUGAGGAUGUUUCCGAGGCUUUGGCUGCUAACGCGAAGUCUAUCAAGUCCAGACAAGAAUCUUCUAUCACCACCAACCCUAAGGUUCAAGAGAGAUUGGCUACCGUCAACGAGGCUUUGUCCACCAGAAAGGCUCCUUUCGACGAGAGAUUGCCAGCUCAACAAGCCAAGUACAACUUGCCAUUGUUCCCAACCACCACCAUUGGUUCAUUCCCUCAAACCAAGGAUAUCAGAAUCAACAGAAACAAGUUCGUUAAGGGUGAAUUGACUGCUCAACAAUACGAGGAAUUCAUCAACAAGGAGAUUGAGACUGUUGUUAGAUUCCAAGAGGAGAUUGGAUUGGAUGUGUUGGUCCACGGUGAACCAGAGAGAAACGACAUGGUUCAAUACUUUGGUGAACAAUUGGACGGUUUUGCUUUCACCACCAACGGUUGGGUUCAAUCUUACGGUUCCAGAUACGUCAGACCACCAGUAGUUGUUGGUGACGUUUCUAGACCAAAGGCCAUGACUGUUAAGGAGUCCGUGUACGCACAAUCUAUCACCAAGAAGCCAAUGAAGGGUAUGUUGACUGGUCCAGUUACCUGUUUGAGAUGGUCCUUCCCAAGAGAUGAUGUCUCUCAAAAGGUUCAAGCUUUGCAAUUGGGUUUGGCCUUGAGAGAUGAAGUUCAAGACUUGGAAGCUGCUGGUAUCACUGUCAUCCAAGUGGAUGAGCCAGCUAUCAGAGAAGGUUUGCCAUUGAGAGCCGGUAAGGAAAGAUCCGACUACUUGAACUGGGCUGCUCAAUCUUUCAGAGUCGCUACUUCUGGUGUUGAGAACGACACUCAAAUCCACUCGCACUUCUGUUACUCUGACUUGGAUCCAAACCAUAUCAAGGCUUUGGAUGCCGAUGUCGUUUCUAUUGAGUUUUCCAAGAAGGACGACCCUAACUACAUCCAAGAGUUCUCCAACUACCCUAACCACAUUGGAUUGGGUUUGUUCGAUAUCCACUCUCCAAGAAUUCCUUCUAAGGAAGAAUUCGUGGCCAGAAUUGAGGAGAUCUUGAAGGUCUACCCAGCCAACAAGUUCUGGGUUAACCCUGACUGCGGUUUGAAGACCAGAGGCUGGGAAGAGACUAGAGCUUCGUUGACCAACAUGGUGGACGCAGCCAAGCACUUCCGUGCCAAGAACUAA